GCUUCCCCUUCAACGCGCCUCGUCUUAUGCUCACUCACUACACCACUCCUGCUUCGACGCAUGAAUCUCCUGCGCUGUCGGCUCUCUCCACCUGAACAGUGUGGUGUUUGCCCGGCCCACCGGAGCACAACACCGGCUGCUUUGCCCUCUUGUUCCAGAAGGCAGUCCCCACGUCAUGACCUCCUCCUUCUGCGACUCUACUGAAAUUCGCUAAAUGGGAUUUGCGGCUGGCCCGAGGUUUCCAUUAUUGUUUUAAAUGAGGACAGCCGUCCGGACCUGAGCGGCUUUCUGGCGGUGCGUCUCUGAUUUUUGGGCUGGAUCUGAAGACGCGUUAAAGGUCUGCACAUGGGGGCGGGCAAGAGCAAGCCCAAGGAGCCGGGUCAGCGCUCCAUGAGCCUGGAUGGUACCAUAGGCACAGGCUCAGACAGCGGACACUUCCACAACCUGGGCCCCGCUCAGCAGACCCAGACGCCCAACCGAAGCCCUGCUGUUGGCACAGGCAGGCGGGGGUAUCAAGGGCAGCAUAAUCACGCCCCAACAAAUACCCCAGUACUGGCUCUCUUUGGAGGGGUGGACCACAUGGCAACAGUAACAUCGCCUCAGAGAGGACCUCUAUCGGGAGGCGUCACCACGUUUGUGGCGCUGUACGACUACGAGUCACGGACAGUUAGUGACCUGACCUUCAGGAAAGGCGACCGGCUACAGAUUGUGAACAACACGAAAAAGUACAGCUUCAGAGAAGGGGACUGGUGGCUUGCACGCUCGCUCACAACAGGAGAAAGUGGUUACAUCCCCAGCAACUAUGUGGCUCCGUCAGACUCCAUCCAAGCUGAAGAGUGGUAUUUCGGGAAAAUCACUCGACGUGACUCGGAGAGGCUCCUUUUGAACCCACAGAACCGACGAGGAUCCUUCCUGGUGAGGGAGAGUGAGACUACUAAAGGGGCAUACUGCCUGUCAGUGCUGGAUUAUGACAACACCAAAGGCCUCAAUGUUAAACAUUACAAGAUCAGGAAGCUGGAUAGUGGAGGUUUUUACAUCACCUCUCGCACGCAGUUCACCAGCUUACAGCAACUAGUCUUCCACUACCGCAAGCACUCAGAUGGGUUGUGUCAUGCUCUGACGGAUGUGUGUCCAGUGGCCAAACCUCAGACGCAGGGCUUGGCCAGGGAUGCCUGGGAGAUUCCUCGAGAAUCCCUCCGCUUGGAUGUUAAACUGGGACAGGGCUGCUUUGGAGAGGUCUGGAUGGGUACGUGGAACGGUACAACACGGGUAGCCAUCAAGACCUUGAAGCCAGGCACUAUGUCUCCCGAGGCCUUUCUGCAGGAAGCCCAGGUCAUGAAGAAGCUGAGGCAUGAGAAGCUGGUUCAGCUGUACGCUGUAGUGUCUGAGGAGCCCAUCUACAUUGUGACAGAGUAUAUGAGUCAAGGUAGCUUACUGGACUUCCUUAAAGGGGAUGCGGGAAAGAUGCUUCGUCUGCCACAGCUGGUUGACAUGGCUGCUCAGAUUGCAUCUGGGAUGGCCUACGUGGAGAGGAUGAACUAUGUUCACAGAGACCUGCGUGCUGCCAACAUCCUGGUAGGAGACAACCUGGUGUGUAAGGUGGCCGACUUUGGUCUUGCAAGACUGAUUGAAGACAACGAGUACACAGCAAGGCAGGGUGCCAAAUUUCCAAUCAAGUGGACUGCACCAGAGGCGGCACUGUACGGCCGUUUCACCAUAAAGUCAGACGUCUGGUCCUUUGGGGUGCUACUCACAGAGCUUGCAACCAAAGGCCGAGUUCCCUACCCAGGUAUGGUUAACCGAGAGGUGCUUGACCAGGUGGAGCGCGGCUACAGGAUGCCUUGCCCAGCAGAGUGCCCCACUUCCUUGCAUGACCUCAUGCUUUCCUGCUGGAGGAAAGAUCCCGAAGAGAGGCCAACAUUCGAGUACCUGCAGGGCUUCCUAGAGGACUACUUCACCUCCACAGAACCCCAGUAUCAGCCUGGGGAGAACCUAUAGAACCGCGAACUGUACCAAACCAGAAUGGGGAGUAGGGCCUCAGCACUGAAUAAUCUGCACUAACCGACCUCAGAGGAGGAUCUGAGGCUGUGAAACUAAUCUGUGAGGAACUUUUUCAGUGGAAACAAAACCGAGACCGAAAGCUGCAGAAGUCCCUCUGUGUGCCAUACAGGAAUUACUACAGAACAACAUGGAGAAACCAUUGUUCUGGAAGCAGUCCCAGUUGACCCAAUUUCUCCUGCACAAGGAGGAGAAUUCUUGCUGGUUAUUCUCAGACUCAGAUCAAGCUGAGAGACUGGAAGGUAAAUGUUUCUGUGAGGGGCAGUGGAUGUGGGAGGAACCAAAUCAGGAACACAGACAGAAUGAGUGCUUAAAGAAUAACUAUCAUGGUGAGGAGAACAAGGAAAGGAAAGAAACUUCAAAUUAGUUUUGACCUGUUUAGUGAACUUGCCCUUUUUCCUCCUCUGUUGCAUCUCUUUAACAUCAUAUGGUACCUUCUCUGCCCACACAAGAGUGCUGCCGCUGUGGCUCAGCUGCCAAAGGAACGUUCUUCUUUAUAUCCGCUCUGCCGCACUUUCUCUUUCUCUCUCCAAAUUUCAGUAUCUCUCCAGUUUUCUCAAGUGCUGCUUCUUUAAAGUGUCUCAGCUCUGAAACUCGACUCUGCAUCUUUAUCUUUUUAAGGUUAUUUGGACAGCCUAUCUCCUGUGGUGAAACGUUUUUAUGUUUAAAGGCAGAUAAACUUGCUGUUUUUGCUCUAUUUUUAUUUUUUCAGUAAAACAAAGUUGGUAAAAUCACAAUCGGUGCAUUGCCAGGAAUGACAGACAGGUUCUGUGAUGCUACAAUGAGUUAAUUUCAACGUUACGUUUGAAGCCUUUUUCUUCUGUUUAACCAUGUUGGAUCCAAACCUCCAAUAAAACGACUGUGAUGCAGGUAGUGUCUGAAUGUGUAUUGUUUUGACUGACCUCCAUUAGCUAGAAUAUUUCUCUGAUCAGCAUCGCCGUAGGCGCGCUAAAGGGCAUUUUUAAUAGUAUUCACAGCAAAAGUAUCUAAGAAACAUGAAUUAGGUCAUGUCCAUCAAACAGUUAUGUGACAUAGGCUGAUUUAUCAGACCAGUCAAAUUACUGGUAAAGAUGAAGCCUCUUGUGUUCUGUGCCAAAAUAUUUUUCCCUUCUGAUAAUGUAUAUAUAUGCUGUUAUGCUGACAGAACAACCUUAUAACAAGUAACUGCAGAACCUUACAUCAUUAAUAAAAUGGUCAACUUGGAACACCAGUAAACCUCUGAUCAGGUCAACCUAAUACACUGUUUGACAUUAAUUUGAGUUCAUUUUGAAGCUUAUUAGCAUGCUUUUGUACUUGUCUUUUCUUGACCAUUGGUUGGUUUUUAUUUAUGCUGUAUAUCCUUCUGUUCACUCAAGGUUCAAACUGAGACACAGGGUUCAUUUACAUCGAAUUCUCAUUCUUUUUCUGGGUCACUCCCCUGCUGUACAUAUUCUAGAUCUUUAAGUUUGGUUUUUGCAACCAUCUUUCUUUCGAGGCAGGUUUGUAUUCACACUAGAACAGAAGGAGCUGGUUUGAUGUUUUGCAGUGUUGAUAUUAACCAUGCAGCAAUAAAAUAUGGAAGUCCACCAACAAUCGCAAAACCAUCCAAGUAAUGGCUAAUUUUAAUGACCUGUCUGAUUCUGGAACCACAGGGAAGCAGUGUGGGUAUAACCGUAUGACAAUAAUAAGGUCAAAGAUGUAAAUAUUAUCUUAAUCAAAUGACUGUGACGAUCAUGUUAUGUUUUUGUGCUGAUUUUGUUUUUUUUUAUUUCACUUCCCUGUUGAGGUUUUUGCACUGAAACACGCCUAAAACAGUGCUAAACUGAAAACGGGGUGAAAAGAUGUCUUUUUUUAAUUUUGUUUUUGAAACUUCUGUUUCUGUAUCCUACAAAGGACAAUUCACAAUUUGGCUUGAGAUAAAAACAACAUUUUUGUCAUCUGUGUUUUCCUUUUUUUAGAAUGGAAAUUACCCCAUCUAUGUGGACUCUGAGCCACCAAAUAAGUCAUUGAAGCAUUGGGGAAGUAAGCAAGCUUAUGGCAAGAGUGAGUAACUCUGAGGUCAGACUGGAUUUUAUGUGCCAUAUUUUAAAAAAUGUCUCAUUCUUCCCCUUUCUUCUUCAUUUACUUCAAUUGUUUAUAAAUCUAUGCAGUUUCAGUCUUGCAUUCCUGCAACUUUAUGGCCAUUUUGUUCUAAAGUCAUGAACAAUGAACAGUGUAAGCAUUUUGUAAGGACUUCUUUCAUCUUUUUGUUUUUAUGUAAUGGGAUUGAAAUAGGUAUUGUACCACUUUAUGUUGAUCUUUAAAUGUGCAAUAAAUUCUAUUUGAAAUGUG